UCUAAAUGCACACAAAGGCAUACAGAGCACUGGAUAUGUCCCUAUGACAUGAAGGUACAACGUGUUUCCCUCUGGCUACUGAGUGCAAUGCUCAUUCUGUGCUCAGCGUACACGCGCUCUCUCAGGAGAUGUCCAAUUUCCGUGGACAUGAGCCAUCUAGAAGAGAGUUUCCAAGAAAUCAAAAGAGCCAUUCAAACUAAGGACAACUUCCAAAAUGUCACCAUCCUGUCCACCUUGGGGGCCCUGCAGAAAACUAAGCCUUUAGAUGUGUGCUGUGUGACCAAGAACCUCCUGGCAUUCUACGUGGACAGGGUAUUCAAGGAUCAUCAGGAGUCGGACCCCCAAAUCUUGAGAAAAAUCAGCAGCAUUGCCAACUCCUUCCUCUACAUGCAGAAAACUCUGCAGCAAUGUCAGGUGCAGAGACAAUGUCGAUGUAGUCAGGAAGCCACCAAUGCCACCAAAAUCAUCCAUGACAACUAUGAUCAGCUGGAGGUCCCGUCUGCCGCUGUUAAGUCCCUGGGAGAACUCAAUGUCUUUCUAGCCUGGAUUGGCAAGAAUCAUCAGGAAACUUCUGCUGCUUGACACGAGGGGCCCAUCUAAUUAUCCGGGGACAAAUACCCCUGCGAGGACUCUUAUGGGACACAGCCGACUUUGAAGGGGAGUGAGAUGGGGAAGACAUCCAUGUUUAUCCAAAUGAGGGUCCUUUCAAUGGACCUCCCUACUGAUGUGGAAUUCUGUCCCGGGGCUGGGGCCUUGCAGGGAAAACCUGGGUUCAAGCAGAUCUCACCCUACAGCUGGAAGUCCCACUGGCUGGUCUCAGGCUGUC